UCAGGCAAAAGCCUUUUUUGAGAACUUGCGCCACAUGACCCACGAGUGUCGAGUCUACCCAGCGGCCCGGUGUCUUUGAGAAAAAAGGAUCUCUGUGCUUCGAUGUGUGUGACAGAGGAGUCUGGUGUUUUCCACUGUCAAACACGUACCAGAUGACCGUCCUUGCGUCAACCCUGAUCCAGAGCAAAGCCAAGGUAAAGUGUCUGUGUGUACUUGUGUUCCUGAGCUUCCCCCUGACCAUGGCUGAGGUCCCUGGUCCAUGCAGACACUCCAUCACGAGGGAGCACCUGCUGACAGUCAGGCAUCUGAUGGAUAACCAGUUGAGGAGCGGGUGCACGAUAACCUACACAUUCAUAGAACGGAGAAGUAUGAGCAAGUGUUGCUUCGUAAAAGCUGCUUUACCCUGGAUCCUGGAGCUGCUUACCACCCACUUCAAAUACAGCCGGGGUUCGGUCAACGACGGCUACGUUCAGUCUCUGAGGGCGCUCAUCCUCAACAUCUACUCUCAGAAAUGCGUGCCUCAGAUAAACGAAGAGGUUGAGGACAAGCCAGAGAGUUUUGAGAUACUUCACAGAGGGUCCACUUUGGAGGCGCUGCAGAGGGCUUCGGAGGUGCUGUCCGUUUACUGGGAGCUGGUGACGACGAACGACGCGCCGGUCGACUGGAGUUGCCAGGACGAAUACACGGAAAUGUCCGGCUCCACCACGGAGCUGUACACAGAGUCGCCCGUGCCACAUUUCACAGACAGCUUCGAUAGGAGUUCGGCGAAGGCCUCGCAGAGAAGACCAGUCAGAGACCUGUACAUCCUCGGCUUAAUCCUGGUCUCCAUCUGUGGAGGACUGCUACUGAUUCUCACACUCUACUGUCUCGUCACGCAAAAGAUAACUCACAACCCACACAGAUCGAGAUCACCGUCCAACUCAAGAGACCGGCAGGACUUGGACACGGAGCUGCAAUAA